AUGUCGAACUUGCAUUCGACCAACGAUCAUGCCGCUCCCGCUGCUUCGGUGAGCCCUGCUCGGGUUGCUGGUCAAGAUCCUUCAUCUUCCACCACCACAGACUCCCAGUCCGACAAACUCCCAUCCCAUAAAGUGCCCCCGGUCGACCCGCCAGAAGACCAGGAACAUCACAUCAUAUCCUCUUCCUCGCCGUCCUCUUCCCCGGGUCCCCCAACACCACCAGAUGAAGACGAACAUCAGCCCGGACAUCCACCUCCUGCUGAUGUUGCUGCUGCUGCUGCUGCCGUCCCCACUCCCACCACCCUGGUCACAGAUACCACAGAUCCUACCGUUGCACAUGCCGCACACCAGGCUGCUGCAGACCAGAUUAAAUACCACCGCGGCCCUACUGCUUAUCUCCAGAGACACCCUUCCGGUCCUGGCGCUUCCUUGCUGACCCAGGCUUUUGCUACAGCUCGUGGCACACAUAAUAACAACCCCUACACCCCCCAACAACAACGGCCAGCUGAUACCACUCCUACAACUACUCAACCUCAACCUCAACCUCAACCUCAACCUCAACCUCAACCUCAACCUCAGGCCGUCCCGUCUCAUCCUCCGUCCGCCGUUCCGUCUGCAAGUCAUACCAGACAGCCACUACCACCACCACCACCACCACCACCACCACCACAAGACCACCGUUAUGAACAGCAGUCCUCUUUCCAAGAAGAAGAAGACGACGCCUUGACCCCGAAAGCCGGCUCCCCUCGCAAUACCAAUUUCCACAAGACACACACCAUGCCGUCCAUGACUGCCACCGUCACUUCGACCGCCACCAUGACGGGCCCUCCGUUGGGUGGGGUCAUCGAGCUCGAUCUGCGUCAGGUCAACUCCAUGCUCAAGGGACAUCGCGAAUACCUUACAAAGAACAAGGGUCGGGGAAGGUCUCUGGAACGGACCGAGUCCAAAGAUGGUGCCGAUAGCAGCCAUCCUGUCGUCUCCUCCAAGCUCUCAGAAUCCCCCACCGCUCUGAACAACCAUGAUGGAGCUGCUGACACCGGUGACAAUGCUAUUCCCAGGCUGCGCAAGGAUCAACGAGCACAGACGGUUCCCGAAAAAGCAUGGUCCAUUGGCGUGGGAGAGCUGACGGACGACCAGGAUGGCAUGGUCGAAAAGUCCAUUACCGAGGUCCUGGCCGGCGUCGAGCCCAAUGCCCGCAGCCGCAAGGCCAGCCACAGUCUCCGCUUCUUCAAGGAGGGUCUGCCUGAUGAAAAGUCCAAGAAGAAGGAUACCAAAAAAGAGAGGCUCCCCUCGACCGCCGAAACGGCCGAGGAGACAGAGACAGAGGGUGAAGGGAAGUCACGGACUACUACUGUGCCCGCAUCUACAUCAGAGGACACGCAGUUACCCGAAACUGACGGACCAGCCCAGGCUCACUCUGUUCCCUUGCUCACUCCAGAAACUCCGGCUAGCGAUAAACCCGCUGACGAUUAUUUCCUAUCCAAGCCGGUUGAGGAGCCGGCCCAGGUAAAGCAGCAGCAGCAGCAGCAGCAGCAGCCUCCUGUUACUCCGGGUCGCGAGCAUACGAGUGCAGUCCAAGAUACUAUUACAGAGUCUGGCAAAAAGUCUCCGUCGUUGGAUCGCAAGCCAGAGCCCCGACGCAAGUCUGAUGCUAGCAUUGACGGUGGAUCGCAUACGGAGGAUGGCGAAGAGUCUGGGGAGGAAAAGAUUUCGUCGGCCGUAUUCCUACCGCAUCAAGGCCCCGAGGAGGCUGAAGAGCACUCCGACGAGCCUGGCACGGCUUCAUCCCGAGCCGCGCUUCCGUCAAGAACACAUUCUCGAGCUGAAGAUUUCCAUCCGUGGCUUGUGAAAGCUGGGACCGAAGCUGCGCCAACAAACGGUGCCCAGCCGGCACAGCCAGAGCAGCGCAUCAUCAGCCAGUCGAUGCAGCAACCAGCGGGUCAGAUCCCUACUGUCACCUUUGUUGAUAAUCAACACAUUCUCCCGCGGAGCCUGAUCCAGCCAGCAUUGGCCUCGUCAAGCUCCUUCACCCGUUUCCGGAGUGCCUCGGCUUCUGUCCAAGGGGGUAGGACUCCCAAUGGACAAUGUCAUACUGAGAACCCCAGCCACAUGUUGCGGCCAAGGCUGGAGGACCGGCAUGCUAACAGCUGGGGAGCCACCAUGGUGAACAAGCGACUGCGUAACGAGGUGUUCAAUGACGCCUUCCUCAAGCAGCCCAUUGCCGUUCACCGUCACAAGAAGGGUCAUCAAAGACCGUUCUCUCGGAGAAGUCUGCAGCCAGUACUCCGCCAUACCGAGUCUGAUCCGAACUUGGAAGUCGCUCAAGAUGCCAAGCCGCGAGCCAGCAGUGCCGGUGAGGAGUCGCGCCUCAAGCCCAGCGACUUGGUACGAAGCGAGGAGAACCUGGCCACCACCAGACCGCGCAGCUUCAGGGAGGAAGGAGUGGAAGACGACGGGCCUAAGGACGUGACGGGGACUAGUGCUCCUGAGCCAGAGAUCCUGAAGGAUGCGUCGCCCGCUCAGCCCGUGAAGAAGCGUCGGUACUCCGGGACUGGACUGAGGAGGAAGCCCAAGGACGUUCAGGAUGCACGCGGUGACCUGCAGUACUUUGAGGAGGCUGACUCGGCUGUUUACAAGGCUGAUAAUGACAAGGAGGUGUUUGAGGUCAAGUGUGUUGAUGGUAAGGAUUUCGCGGCACAGGAGGACAUUGGACCGUUGGACACCACGCACAAUGGCACCAACGGUGUCAACGGUGUCAACACCGACAAUGCCAUCGCCGACGAGAAUGAACUUCACAACGAAAUCGCCAAGAUCCCACGGCCCAUCAACCCCAAAGAAGCCCAAACACAAACCGACUCCCGCGUCGAGUACUUCUUGCUACUCGAAGACUUGACGGCAGGCAUGAAGCGUCCCUGCAUUAUGGACCUCAAGAUGGGCACCCGCCAAUAUGGCAUUGAAGCCUCCCCCAAGAAGCAGAAAUCACAACAAGGCAAAUGCGCCAAGACCACCUCCCGCGAGCUCGGCGUGCGCGUCUGCGGCCUGCAAGUCUGGGACGUCGCCACCCAAUCCUACGUCUUCAAAGACAAGUACUACGGGCGCGAUCUCAAAGCCGGCCAGGAGUUUCAGGAUGCCCUCACGCGGUUCCUGUACGACGGCGUCGACCGCGCCUCCAUCCUUCGGCACAUCCCCACCGUUUUGCACAAGCUUUCCGAGCUAGAAGUCAUCAUCCGUCGUCUCAAGGGAUAUCGUUUCUACGCCGCUUCCCUCCUAAUGUUCUACGACGGCGAACCUUUGCCUCCUCCUACGCCCCCCACCUCUUCAACAACCACGCACUCGGAAUAUGACACUGCAGUGGAAGACUAUUAUUCUACCGACUUUGCAACUGAUAACGACGACGCUACCUCCACUAACAAACACCGCACCCCUUCCGCUCUUCGCGGUAGCAAUGGAGGAAAGAAAAAGAAGGGCAAGCAUGAAAUCGACUUCAAAAUGGCCGAUUUCGCCAACUGUGUAACAGCUGAAGAUCUCAAAGCCAAUGGCAUCGAAGGAAAGCCUUGCCCGCCGCAGUUCCCUGAGGAACCGGAUAAUGGGUUUUUGAGAGGCCUCAGGAGUCUGAGGAGGUAUUUCUUGAGGAUUCAGAGGGAUGUGAGGAGGGAGCUGGGGAUGGGGACAUGGAGGGCGGUGGAUGAGGAGAUUGAGAGGGAGAUUAUGGAGGAGGAUUAUGCGGGGGAUGAGGGGUAUGUGUCGGAUUAG